UAAGAAUUGCGGCCCCUGUAAAAAAGUCAAUCCGCUUUUAUAUUCCAUCUUAUUUACAUUUUCCGUGAAUAGAUCCGUGAAAAGCUAAGUUUUACGGAGUUUUUACAGAAAUAACGGAUAAAAUUUUUAAAGGGAAACGCUUCAAGAUGUCUCAACACGCUGGAUCCAGAAAAAAUUUUGGUAAGUGUUUUGAUUGUGAACGGCAACGAACAGCGAUAGCGUGGUGUGAGAAUUGCGAUAUUGCAUUUUUCAAAGAUAAUUUUCGUAAUUGGACUAGUGGAAAUUCUAAAAUAGACGAACUUAUUAAAUAUACUCAGUUAAGCGCUAAAGAGAAUAUGGAUUAUCUUGAGUGGAUUGAUUUUGAUCAAUUCGACUUGAUCGAAAAUAUUAAUAAACGAGGCGCUUUCAGUUCGAUUUAUUCAGCAGUAUGGAUGGAAGGCCCAAGAUGGAAUCUUGAUGAAGAAACCGAAAUAUGGUCUCGUACUGGUCCAAUUAAGGUGAUUCUAAAACGAUUAGAUAAUUCUCAGAACAUAGAUCGAGAAUUUGUAAAUCAGGCAAGUAAACAUAGAUAUAUUAAAUCGAUCAGGCAAUUCGUGUAUAAGUAAAAAAAAAUAAAAAAUCAUAAUUUAAAAUUAUACAAUAAUACGUUUUGAUAAAUGUUACAAAAUUUCCG